UGGGUGCCUGCUCAGGGCUACAUAGGCUGUGGCUAUGGCGGGAGCUUCCGCUGGCUCGGCGAUGGCGCGAAGCACCGCGUUAUCGUAUGGCCAAGGACUACGCCAACUUCGAACGACUGGUCACGAUUUCCCCCCCUCCCUCUCCCCCUCCCUCUCCCCCUCCUCCUCCUCCUCCUCCUCCUGGUCCUCCGCCUCGUUCCCGCCUUCAGGUGGUGAGAAGAUGGGGUGUGGCGUUGGGACCUCCAGGUGCAUCAAGGCCGCCACGUGGCAGAACGGCCGACUAGUAUCGCAGUUCAUGCCCUCGUCGUCGUGGCCAUAUUCAAAUCUACGGGAAGGUCCGGCUAUGGCGGCCGCUGCCUGUUGCGCCGAGAUCGACUUGCUCUUCAAGAGCGGUGCUACGCCAUCGCCGACGAACUCUGCUCAGGCACGGGGUUUGUCGUUUUGCGCGCCACGUGUCACGUCAGAAUCGAACCCACGUGAUCGUUUCGCGUUGCAUCAUCCUACUCCGUCUGAGUCACGGAAGCUAUCGUUGCAUCGUGCUUGCCUGUCCCCUUCGCGCUCAAAAGUGCUCGCGAGGGCGACGACGACUAGACAGGAGAACCUCCUCUCUCGGCGAGAUCCAUCGCUGAUUCGCUGCCACGUGUCGAGCUCUCGGCGCGAUUCAGCGCAGAAUCGCUGCCACGUGCCGACAUUUCUCAGAGUGCAUUGCACGCCCUCGCGCUGCCAAAGAGGGCUUGCCGUAUUCGCGAGCUUGUCUAGUGCCGCUCAGACGAUCAACGGAGGAGGGAAUGGGAACGGUAUAGGAGAGGGAGGUGGUGGAGGUGGAGGAGGGGGCGGGGAUGGCGUGUACUCUCAAGCCGACUCUGCCGUUCCCUACCAGGACGCGGACGACAGCGCGGAUGACGUCAUCAUUAUUGAUGUCGGGGGAAUGUCCUGUGGAGGCUGCGUUGCUGCAGUGAAGCGUAUUCUGGAAUCACAGCCGUACGUAAGAUCAGCAUCAGUUAAUCUGGCAACGGAGACUGCGGUUGUGAGAGUGGGUGGUGAUGGUGGUUCGAUUGAUACGGCACCGAUGGGAAAUGUGGAACUCGGAGAGGCCCUUGCUGAGCAUCUAACCAAAUGUGGUUUCAAGUCAACCGUGCGAGACUCUGGAAUAAAUAAGACGGGCACAAAUCUCAGCCCUGCAUCUCUGAGAAAGAGACAAGAGCGACUGGCAAAGCUGAAAGACAGUGGUCGCAGAUUAGCUGUGGCAUGGGCCCUUGCGGCAGCAUGCUUGAUGUGUCAUGCUUCACAUCUUGUUCAAGGCCAUUCGCAUCUCUCCCACUGGUUGUCGAUACUUCAUUCCCCCAAGUUCCACAUGGUUCUAUCAGUGGUCUCUAUACUAGGACCGGGCCGUAAGAUUAUGACAGAUGGCUGGACAAGUUUUUGGAAGGGGUCUCCGAACAUGAACACUCUAGUUGCUCUUGGUGCCUGCGCCUCAUUCAGCGUCAGCACACUGGCGGUUCUUCUUCCAAAGCUUGGUUGGCAUUCUUUCUUUGAGGAGCCAGUGAUGCUGCUGGCUUUUGUUCUGCUUGGGAGAGGUUUGGAAGAUAGGGCAAAACUGCAGGCAUCCAGUGACAUGACAGCUCUUCUUGAUCUCUUGCCAUCAACAGCCCGAAUGCUUAAAGAAAUGCAAGACACGUGGACGGGUGCAGAAGCGUGGGACACGGUUAAUGUAUCAACAGCAAGCCUGGCUGUGGGAGAUGCAGUUGUGGUGCUUCCUGGGGAUCGUGUACCCGUGGAUGGCAUUGUGAGAAGCGGGAGGAGCUUAGUGGAUGAGUCCAGCUUGACCGGUGAACCCAUGCCGGUGCUUAAGAAAAUGGGGGAUGAAGUUACUGCAGGGACUGUUAACUGCAAUGGAGCUAUAGCUGUGGAGGCCCGGCGACCUGGUGGCGACACUGUCCUUGGGGAUAUUGUUCGUAUGGUUGAAGAUGCACAGACGCGUGAGGCUCCGGUUCAGCGAUUGGCGGAUAUGAUUGCUGGGAAAUUUUGUUAUGGAGUGAUGGCUGCAUCCGCUGCAACGUUUGCAUUCUGGCAAUGCUUUGGCGCAUCACUCUUUCCACAUGUGAUACCUGCUUCCGGAGGACCUCUUCUCCUAAGCCUGCAACUGGCCUGCAAUGUUCUGGUGGUGGCAUGCCCAUGUGCGUUAGGUCUGGCCACACCAACAGCAGUGCUGGUUGGAACAUCCCUUGGGGCCAGAAGGGGCCUUUUGAUACGGGGGGGGGAUGUGCUCGAAUCCGUCUACGGCGUCGACACCGUUGUGUUUGACAAAACAGGGACGCUGACCGCGGGAAAGGCGGUGGUUACUAAGGUGAUUACACCACCGUCAAUGGUAAAUGGCGGUGACGUGGACUCACAUGCUCCACAGGGGAAUGGCAGAUCAACAUCAGCGCCUUUGUCGCACGAGUGGACGGCCGACGAGGUGCUGGCUGUCGCAGCGGGAGUGGAAAAAACUACGACACACCCAGUCGCCAGAGCAAUAGUCCAGGCAGCAAAAGAUGCAGGAUGUAGACCAGUGAAGGUAGGGUAUGGUGCCAAUGGAGCCUGGAUGUCCUCCCUGGAGGAGCAAACAGGGAAUGGGGAUACCAUUGUAUACGUUGGAGUGGACGGUUCGAUCGUGGGAGCAGUGGCAAUGGCAGAUGAAGUGAGAGAAGGAGCGUCUGCGACGGUGCAAGGGUUAAGGAAGAUGGGACUGGAUGUUAUGAUGCUUUCGGGCGAUCGUAGAAGCGCUGCAGAGGCUGUGGCUUCGAAUGUUGGAAUUGAUCUUGACCAGGUGUACGCUGGUGUAAAGCCACAUGAGAAGGCUGCAUUUAUCAGCAAUUUGAAAAAGGUUGGGAGGAAAGUAGCUAUGGUGGGAGAUGGAGUCAAUGAUGCUGCAGCUCUUGCAUGUUCGGACGUUGGCAUAGCCAUGGUGAGCGGUGUCGGAGCCGCCAGUGAAGUUGCGAAGAUAGUUCUUAUGGGCAACAAGCUCACGCAGGUACUUGAUGCCCUGGUGUUGAGCAAGCUCACAUUCAACAAAAUACAGCAAAAUCUGGUUUGGGCGUUUGCAUACAACAUCGUUGGGAUACCGGUUGCAGCAGGAGCUCUGUUGCCUGCAACAGGUUUGAUGCUCACCCCUUCGGUUUCUGGGGCGUUGAUGGGGAUAAGCUCGCUUGGUGUGAUGUCCAACUCUCUCCUCCUCCAAUUAGAUAACCGAUUGAGAACAGGAAAUGCAGCAAUGUCUUCAAUAGACGCGAUUCAGAUGUUGCCACACGCUGCUGGUAAUGCUGCUGGUCGGAGAAGGAUCGUACCUGUAGAGUCGGCAGAUGAGGAGAAAAACACUGACGAGGCGGACCUUGAGCAAGGACCGAGUGCCGGAACAUCUCCGAUGCUCCCAGGGUCCAAAGCAUUCGGUGGUCGUUCGGCAUAGGGAAAGCGGUGUGUAAUUUGCAGGGCCGGUUGAUGGCAGGAUAGGAAAAGGAAGGGAGGGAGGAGGAAGAGAGAAGGAAAAGCGGUAGGAGAGAAGGAGAGGGGAAACAAAAUAGGAGGGCAAUA